AUGGAAGAGACCCAGAAGACACUGAUUGAUUUUGCACCGACGAGUAUAUCCCUUUUCCCAGACACACCUACUGCUCUCUCUCAUCUACCCGGAAAUACAAGGGCGCAGCAGCACGCCAGCCCUCUUCAGUUGAGCUCAGCCUACCAGGUUCACACGAGAACCGCCGCACGAGAAGCGGAGCCACCACGCAGACAACCUAUGCCGACCAUCGGAAGCAGUAGAGGUCCGAGCAACCUCAGAGGUAAACGCAGCCCCCGACCAGGAGCACGGCGCCAUACACCGCAGUUCCCGUUACCAAAUCGUCGGUUUCUCGAGUCAGUGAACAACGGAUACAGCGGACAACGACGGCGUGGCGUCGGGAGUCACUGCCUGCCUUGUCGACGCCCAUAUCCCGUAUUGAAGCAGCAGCCCGCAUGCACACCCCCCACAAAAUCUUUUUCAUGGCAUCGAAGCACUGUUUUGCACAGUGACACAAUCAGUCUGGUAAGUCCCUGCUUUUAUGUUGAUACGAGGUAUUACUGUGUAAGCUUGCUGCCCAGGCAGAGCCACUAUGGAAACGUAUCCAAUAUUACGCCGGCACCGCGCCGGCGGACAUUUGUAUUGCAUGUAAUAACAGGGACAAACGAGUCACCCUCACGUCGACCGUUUUAA